CCAGCAGAAUCUUAGCUGGAUCACUCUCUCUCUCUCUCUCUCUCUCUGCAUCUGCCCUUUCUUCUUCCCUUUCUCCAUCUCCGGUUCAACCUUUUCACACUCGGUGUCUCUCUCUCGACGAGCUAAACUCAACAGUCCCCACGAAUCACAGCAAUCGCCAUUACCCACUGAGGUUGCGAGAGCGAGAGUGAGAGAGAGAGAGAUACAGUGAGAGGGUAGCUACUCUCUCUUUGCCCUCUCCCCCCCAUCUGCACCGGUCCCUCCCACCACACCACAAUGCCCUUCUUGAUCUUCUUCCUCCUCCUCUUCCUCACCUCUGGCCUCCGUCCCGCCGUCACCGUCCACCACCACCACCACCACCACCACCACCGGCGGAUCCUCCACCAACCCUUCUUCCCCCAAGGCUCCAUUCCUCCCUCUCAGCCUCCUUCGCCUUCCCCUCCCUCCCCUCCUUCUCCCCCCAAGUACCCUUUCACCUCCUCUUCUUCUUCCUCCUCUCCUCCCACUUCCGGCGACUCCCCGUUCUUCCCCACUUACCCUUCCCCUCCCCCGCCGCCCUCCCCUGCUUCCUAUGCCUCCUUCCCUGCCAACAUCUCCUCUCUCAUCCUCCCUCACUCUCCCUCCUCUUCCUCCUCCUCGUCGUCCUCCUCCUCCGUCAAGCUCGUCGCGCUUGCAGUCUCUGCCGCCGUUGUCUCCAUCCUCCUCCUCUCCUCCAUCGCCUUCUUCCUCUACCGCCGACACCAUCGGAGCCGCCACUAUCUCGCCGAAGAGGCCGACUCUACUGCCAAGGCUGCACGCUUGCCUGACAACAGCCGGGGGCCGCCGAGCAAUGCCGAGACUGGUGCUGGCCGGAAGCAGAGGACCAACCCGUCAUCGAACAGCUCCGAGUUCCUCUACCUGGGCACGAUCGUCAACUCGCGCGGGAUCGAGGACUCGCGCAAUGCGGGUCGUGGAGGUGGCGACGGGCUGGAUCCGAGGAAGCUCGACUCGCCGGAACUCCAGCCCCUGCCGCCGCUCGCCCGGCAGGGGUACCGGCAGAAUGGCGACGUGGGAUCCACCGCCGACGAGACUGAGGAGGAGUUCUACUCCCCGAGAGGCUCGCUCGGUACCGGAUCAGGGUCUAGAAGAGUGUUCGCCGCAGUUGGAACGAAUCUAGAGGAUUCCGGAGGAAGAAGGAGCGACUCGAGCUCAUCUUCUUCAUCGUCUUCGACUUCCUGCUCGCCGGCCAGGUCCCAAUCCAUCAGCCUCUCUCCGCCGGUGAGCGUGAGCCCUCGGAGAUCGCUGCCCAAGUCUCCCGAGCAGGCCGAUGAGCAGCAGGUUCAUUACGCGAUCCCGCUGCCCGACGAGAGCAGGACCCCUCUGCUGCUCUCUUCACAGUCGACGUCGCCGGAGAGGGACUCACCCAGCAGGAAGUUCUCGAGGUCAUCGAGCACGGUCUCGGAUCGGAACCCCCGCCCCCACUCUCCUUCACUGUCCCCGCUCUCUUGGUCCCCUGACAGAGGCUUAGAAAGGAACCCUGAUGUCUCCCUCAGAAUGUGGAACAUGUCCGAUUCGAAUGUGCAGUCUCUGCACUCGUCUCCAUCCCCGGGAAGACCAUCGUCCAAGUCCUCCUCUAGUCAGAGUGGGAAGUUCCGAGCACCCUCGCCGCUCUCUCAGUCACCGGAUAGAGUGGAAGCCAUAGAGGCUUCGCCAAGAACUUCCAAUGCUUCAGAACAGAGUCAAAGCGAGCGGUUUUCACUUCCUUCCUAUUCGGCUUCCCCGGUGAAAGCGUUCAGAUCACCUUCCCCUGCUUCCUCUCUGUCACCGGAGAGAAUCCCAGGGGUUGAAUUAAAUCAGCAGCAGGUGCCAGCCGCAGUUGUGGUGGCCACGCCGCCUGCUCCACCAGCAGUGCCAGUGGCCGCAGCACGGCCGCCACCUCCACCGCUACUGCCAGUGGUGGCAGCACCUCCACCUCCUCCACCCCCAGCACCUGUGGUGGCAGUACCACCACCGCCUCCACCACCGCCGCCUAUGCCACCAAUGCAGCAGAGGCUUCAGGAGAGUCCGGUGCCCUUAACCCCGACUGAUCAGCCGAUCUCAAGGCCUCCAUCCCUUAUCCCACCAUCGAGGCCAUUCAUGCUGCAGAACAUGGUCAAGGUUUCUCCAGUGGAGUUGCCACCGAGCUCUGAAACGGUAGAGAAGGUUCUUGAUGAUACCCCGAAGCCAAAGUUGAAGCCCCUGCACUGGGAUAAGGUCAGGGCAAGCUCAGAUCGCGAGAUGGUGUGGGACCAUUUGAGAUCCAGCUCCUUCAAGUUGAAUGAGGAGAUGAUUGAGACACUGUUUGUUGUGAACACACCGAGUUCCAAGCCGAAGGACAUGACUCCUCGAUCAGUUCUUCCUUACUCGACUCAAGAAAACAGAGUUCUUGAUCCCAAGAAGUCACAGAACAUUGCAAUUCUUUUGAGGGCACUGAAUGUGACUAUCGAGGAAGUCUGCGAAGCCCUUUUAGAAGGUAAUGCAGACAUGCUCGGGACGGAACUUCUCGAGAGUUUACAGAAGAUGGCUCCGACCAAAGAAGAAGAGCGUAAGCUGAAGGACUACAAGGACGACUCACCCGUCAAACUCGGGCCCGCGGAGAAAUUCUUAAAGGCUGUUCUUGAUGUGCCGUUUGCAUUCAGAAGAGUUGACGCCAUGCUCUAUAUAGCCAAUUUUGAGUCCGAGGUCGACUACCUGAAGAAAUCUUUCACAACCUUAGAGGCUGCCUGUGAAGAGCUUCGAAACAGUAGAAUGUUCUUGAAGCUUCUGGAAGCAGUCCUCAAGACAGGAAACCGCAUGAACGUGGGAACGAACCGAGGGGAUGCACACGCUUUCAAGCUCGACACCCUCCUCAAGCUUGUGGACGUGAAGGGUGCUGAUGGGAAAACAACUCUCCUGCAUUUUGUCGUGCAGGAAAUCAUAAAGUCCGAGGGAGCCCGCCUCUCAGGAAAAACCCAGCAGGCUCCUUUGAAUCCUAACCUAUCCGAGGAUGCAAAGUGUAGAAAGCUCGGCCUUCAGGUAGUGUCGAGCCUCAGCUCGGAGCUUGCCAACGUGAAGAAAGCUGCUACCAUGGACUCUGACGUACUGAGUGGAGACGUGAACAAACUGUCUCUGGGGAUUGGGAAUAUUGGGGAGAUUGUGCGACUGAUUGAGUCUUUGACAGGGUCGGAUGGUUCAAGCGCUAGGUUCUCAGACUCGAUGAACAGGUUCAUCAAAAUGGCUGAGGAGGAGAUCUUUAGAAUUCAGGCCCAGGAGAGCGUGGCGAAGUCUCUGGUGAAGGAGAUCACCGAGUACUUCCACGGAGACUCGGCCAAGGAGGAAGCCCACCCGUUCAGAAUCUUCAUGGUCGUAAGGGACUUUCUCGCCAUUCUCGACCGGGUCUGCAAGGAAGUCGGUUCGAUAAACGAGCGGACAAUAGUGAGCUCGGCCCACAGGUUCCCCGUUCCCGUCAACCCAUUGCUGCCAGUUCCCGUUAACCCGAUGCUCCCCCAAGUGCUUCCUCCAUUCCAAGGCAAUAAAAGGUACGAUUCCUCGGAUGACGAUGAGUGCUUAUCUCCGUAGAAGAAUUGUUCGAACGAACUGUGCCACUUAUGUUUUACCCAACUACCCUUUGUAUCUCUGUAAAAAAGCCCCCCCCCCCCCCCCCCCCCCCCCACCAAAAUGAAAUAGAUCGGUGAAAAUGGAUUCAGCAAUAUAUAUAUAUAUAGAUUAUAUAAUUAUAUCAAUAUAAUAUACGGAGGAGGAGUUCUUUUGUAGAAAAUAAUGUAGUUUAUGUAAUGCUGAAUUAAGCUGUAAAAAGAUUUUCCUUUGAAGGGAUUCAUGUCCUUUGCCACUCAA